CAAUAUUUUAUCUUGCUGAUCAUCACAGAUGGAGAGAUCACUGAUCUGGACCAAACUAGGCAAGCAAUUGUUAAUGCCUCUAACCUGCCCAUGUCCAUCAUUAUUGUUGGAGUUGGUGAAGCUGAUUUCAAAGCAGUGGAGUUCCUUGAUGGAGACAAUGGUGUCCUUAAGUCCCCGACAGGAGAGCCAGCUGCACGAGACAUUGUCCAGUUUGUGCCUUUCCAACAGUUCAAAAAUGCUCCCCGGGAAGCACUUUCCCAGAUGGUUCUGGCUGAAGUGCCCAAGCAGCUGGUUUCGCACUACAAAUGGAAGGGAUGGCCGCCUGUGAAACUGCUGGAAAUAAAGAUGACGUAGGUUACAGCCUGACCCUGGCCACCUGUAUCACUGGGUU